UGAAUGGGAGGGCUGAUUUUCGAGAACCGAAUGCAGAAAUUCCAAGACCAAUUCCCCACAUAAGGGCUGAUUACAUUCCAACAGAGGAAAAAAGAAGAGUCUUUGCAGAAUGCAAUGAUGAAAGCUUCUGGUUCAGAUACGAAGAAAUUGAGGUUUAGAGAUGUUAAAGGAGUUAUCUGGUGUUCCACAGCUGCUGUACCUUUGGCUGCAACAAGUAUGUGGAUUACUCAAGGAUUGAUUAGUAAAGGAAUCCUUUCAAGUCAUCCCAAAUAUGGUUCCAUCCCUAAACUUAUAUUUGCUUGCAUCAUGGGAUACUUUGCUGGAAAGCUUUCCUAUGUGAAAACUUGCCAAGAGAAGUUCAAAAAUCUUGAGAAUUCCCCUCUUGGAGAAGCUUUACGAUCAGGACAGGCACGACGCUCUUCACCAACUGGGCACUAUUCUCAGAAGUCAAAAUAUGACUCAAAUGUGAGUGGUCAUUCAUCUUUUGUGACAUCCCUAGCAGCAGACAACGCAGAAAAAGAGAUGCUUCCUCAUUAUGAGCCAAUUCCAUUCAGUGCUUCUAUGAGUGAAUCUACUCCCACUGGUAUUACUGAUCAUAUUGCCCAAGGCCCUGAUCCCAACAUUGAAGAAAGUCCUAAAAGAAAAAAUAUAACAUAUAAGGAAUUAAGGAAUAAGAACAGAGAGUCAUAUGAAGUUACUUUAACACAUAAGACUGACCCCUCAGUCAGGCCUAUGCAGGAAAGAAUGCCAAAAAAAGAAGUCAAAGUAAACAAAUAUGGAGAUACUUGGGAUGAGUGAAAAAUUGCAUCAUUGGACCUACUGAAGAAGUUUCAAUAUCCAGCUUCAUCUAGGUGGUCAUGAACAUCUGCAUGCUUUGAUCUCAGCAGCAGUCUUCAUAAACACAUUUAAAACUAGAACCUGGGUUUUUGUGGUUUGGCUUAUGAAGAUGAUGUUUUAAAAGCUUACAUUUUAAUGUUAAUAUUGUGUGAAUGUAUUCAUUUUGGGGAACUCUUUGAAUGAUGGUAAUGUACCAUGAUUAUACACAGUUUGUGAAAUUGUUUUAAGUUACAGGGCAAGGAUACUCAGUU